UAUAAUAUGUAUUCCUAUACAUCGCGACAUUUUCAUAUAGUCCAUUUUUUCUUAUUAUUUACUAAACUACUGAUGGAUAGUGUGAAGUUGAUUGGGACCGUGUAUUUGAUAGUGUUGUGCUGUUAUCUCUCUACACUAAUAGAUGUCAAUCAACGCGAGCCAAGUACAUUCACGGAAAGAAUAUCUUGGAUUUGGCCGAACAAUAUCAAAGUCAAUCGCGAUGUAGUUUUCGAUACGUCGGAAAUGAUAAGGAAAGCGGGUUAUCCCGUGGAAACUCAUGUUACAACGACCGAGGAUGGAUAUCUCUUAACAUUACAUCGUAUCCCAGGUGGUAACAGCUCUCUACCUGUACUACUGCAACACGGUUUUUUUUGCUCAUCCGCUGUUUGGGUUAUUCUUGGUAAAGGGAAAGGAUUAGCUUACGUACUAGCGGAUCACGGAUAUGAUGUUUGGUUGGGUAAUUUUCGAGGUAAUACUUACUCCAGGGCGCAUAUUUCCCUAUCUCCAUCGAACUCGACAUUUUGGGAUUUCAGCCUUAACGAAUUGGGCAUCUACGAUUUACCCGCAAUGAUUACAUAUAUUACAAAUAUGAAAUCACAACCAUUGCAUACACUUAUUGGUCAUUCGAUGGGCGCAACUUGUUCUUACAUAAUGGCAACGGAGCGUCCGGAAAUUGCUCGAAUGGUAAAAGCGAUGAUCAGCCUCUCACCAACAGUUUUUGUAAACUAUAUAACAAGUCCGAUACAAUAUUUGGUUUUCUUGAAAGAUUACAAGAUGAUAAUGCGAUUUUUUUUUCACGAAUUUCUGCUAAGCAAUUUCGUAAGGUCUUUUUUAACAUUUGGCUGCGAUCAGAACAUCAUCAAAGAUAUCUGCUCCGACGUGAUGUUUAUAAUCUGGGGCUACGAUCGCGAGCAGUUUAAUUAUCUUCUGCUACCCCUCAUCGUGGGUCAUUUCCCGGCCGGCAAUUCGUUUAAUACGCUGGUGCAUUAUGCCCAGAUAUUCCAAUCGGGCAAGUUUCGCCAUUAUGAUUAUGGUCGCGCGAAAAACAUAUUGAUCUAUAAUUCGAUAGAACCUCCGGACUACAAUCUAGCGAAUAUAACGAUCCCGAUCGCGUUAUUUUAUGGCCCUGGCGACUUGCUGGAUAACAUCAUGGAUGUAGAGAGGAUCUACCGCGAAUUGCCCAACGUAGUGGACAUUUACGAAAUACCAUGGCGCAAUUUCAAUCACGCAGACUUUUUAUGGGCUAAGGAUGCGCCAAAACUCGUAUAUGAAAGAGUUCUCAGGAUCAUGAGGAGAGAAAAUUCAAAUAAUGUCACAUCAAUAAUCAAAAUAAAAGAUGAAUGUUACGCGUUAAGUCUUUAUAAUAAUGGAUACGAUUGGUGUAAUCGCUAGUAUAAUGAAAUUUAUUUCAAAAUAUGUAUCUAUAAAAUAUUAGAAUUAGCAGAGAAUUAGAUUUACUUUUAAACAAUCGGUUUAGUGAAUUUUUAGAUUCAUUGCGAUGAUGGGAGGAAAGGAUCGUAGCGAAAUUAUAUUAUAUUCUAUAUAAUU